GACCAUUUACCAUCCAUCAGUUUGAUUGCGAUCAUGUUACUAAAACCCGGGCGAGGAGGUCUUCGAAAUCGAUCGGUCACACCCAUAGGUCGUAUUGACGCGUCUCAGGCAAGGACGAUCGCCGAGGAACAGACCAACUCAUUGGAAGAAGGCCUCAAGCAAGCCAAUCAACCCGGAAGCGCGUUGUCCAUCCUCUUACAAGACGAUUUCCAUGCUGUCACCGCCUACGGUCCACUUCCAAGUGAUGUUGUCACCAUGGUCGCCAACGUUGAUAUCAAUGUCGAUGCUCUCAAGGGAUGUGUCGACCACAUCACUGGUUAUGCGUGUGUGUGGUCUCGCAAUGUUUGCUAUGUGUGGAAUUUCGCCAGGCGCACAGCAGCUCUUCCCACAUGCUAUUCCUUCCCUUGCCCGCUUUCCAACACCAAUUCGGUUCUUGUCAACACCCUAGCUCCCCUGCCACUAGCAUGCCUGAUAUCACACUUUUCAAAUACCUCGAACAGCACAAGACGCGAGCCUGGACUCUUGCUAGUCUCACCAACCGGAGAAUUACGCGCAUGGGAUUCGCUUUCGCUAGCUUUAUCAGGGGUCGAUAAAUUUGCAACGAUCCAAAUUCAACUUCAAGAUGCCGAACUAGUGAGAUGCCUCCAGCCGCUCACAUCAUGUCCUGGUUCAUUCAUCCUAGCCACAUCACAUACCCGACUGUUUCGUAUUUCCAUCUCCCCUGGUAUGAGUGGACGACCAACCGUGAUUUCUAGUUUGAUGUCAAGGUCAACCACUUGGGGAACCAAACUUGGCUCGCUAAUAAGAUGGGGUCAAGCCUACGAUCCUAAGGCUGGAAUCGUCGCGCUGGCUGUCAGCCCUCCCUUGGAAGGCGAUACGAGCAUGGGCGGUGGAGAAGCCUGGGCCUUGGAAGUUACAGGGAACCUACAAAGGUGGAAGUUAAAUUUCAGUAGUGGGAGUGAGAGAUUUGUUUGGGAAAAAGAAAUCAACGCGAUUAUACUAGAAAGCUUGGGAUGGACUCCGGAAGUAGAUAUAUUGACAAUGACGGAGCGGAUAGAAUUCACCUUACUGGACCUUAAGGUAACUUAUACUCGCGACUUAGCCGUUUUAAUUAGCUACAUCGACUCUUCCCAGGUUGAUCAGGCGCAAAGUAGCGUGCAGCCAAGAUCAUAUGCUAUAGUGAUCCUGGAAGUCCUGUCAAGCUCUUCAUUACCCGUUGUAUCACAUACCGUCAAAGCCAAACAUCGCGAAUACCCGGACCCUCGACCCGAAACCGCGCCUUCCUUAUCUUUGCCCAACGGUGGACCGGCCGCUUUCAUCGUUUUUCCAGAACGAGUUGUCUGCUUAUCUUUGAGCGAGGGGACCGACUUCGAGGAGAUUGUCUCACUCAGUUCCCAAGCUAACAAUCGUAUAAUUGGCAAUGGUGCCGCACCUCUUGCCAUUCGCGCCAUUCAGGAUAAAUCGGACAAGCCACCAACGUUAAAAUUUAUCACCACAUCUAGCGGAAUCCUUGAAAUCGAACUCAAUCCGGUUGAAUUGGAAAAACUUGGAACUAGCGUGGUUGAAGAACAAAUAGCCCGUGAUACUUACCGACUCAAAACUCAAUUGGAGCAAGCGGUGUUUUUCGGUGACAACACUGCGAAUCCUGUGGAGUUCAACUUGCAAGCAGAUCUAAUCGGGGAUUUGUCAACAGCAGCAGAGCAACUGAGCAAAGAGGUUUUGUCCUCAAGUGCGGCUCAUCUCCCCCCGAUCGUCGACCUUCGAGUCCAACUAGCGGAUCGGAUCGCCCGGCUUCAACUGCUUAUUCGCUUCAUCAAUCUGACUGGGAUGCUUAAUAAAGUUCCGAAGCCCGGCAAAAGACGGCUGCUUUCUGAUCUGGAAUUACUUGCUGCAACUAACGCACUAUGGCUACAUCAUAACAACAAAAUCAACGCGUUGUCUCAUAGUGGCCGACGAUCUCGCACAGUUUUGAGCGAAGUUAUAAUGACCUAUAUGAACUCACUCGGCCAGAACUCGGAUGAGGACAUGAUCCGCUCGUUCUUCCGCAAUCAUGCCUCCGCUAUCGUACAAAUCUUGGUGAAUGUCCAAGCCAAAUUGAAAACGACUUUAUCCAACAAGUCAAAUAAAUUACACACCCGCUCAUCUCAGCUCAUGGAGGCCAACGAGAUCCUACUAACAGUGUAUAAUGCAGCCAUAACUAUACGGCAGACACACAGCAAGACUUUUGAUCUGAAGGACGACACUUCAACAGAGUGCUGGACGAGCACCCUCAACUUACUUGAUAUAUUGCAAUCCCAUUGCGAAGCAACAUUGGAAAUACUGCAACAACGGGCUCGUGAAUUUGGACCAGCGAUGGACGAUGAUCCAGGUCGAUUCGGUGCUGACUCGGCCAGCUUGUUGAUGGAUGAUGAUGAUGACUCCAACGGCGGCUCUUCGGACAAGAGUAAAUGGUUGCAUCAUACCCUUAAGGAUCAACUGACCGAGUUGGUAGAGAAAUCACUGGCGAUGAUGAAAGAAAGAAGCUCUUUUACUGAAAGUACCCUAGGUACCAACCAUCCAGAAGCAAAGAGUCUGCAAGAACGUUACUUGCGUCUGCGUCCCCAGCUGAUAUUUGGAUUAGUGAAGGUCAAACGGCAAGCACGCGCUAUUACACUUGCGGAAGAGCAGCGCGACUUCCGAACUCUUGUUGAGCUAUGUCACUCUUUAGCACCCAGCGAAACCAAGCAGAAAGAACGAGUUUACAUCUCAAGAUACAAAGAAGAGUUCGCCUUCCAGCUGUAUCAAUGGUAUGUGGAACAUGGUCGAUAUCACGAGCUUUUGAGCCAAGAUCCCGUGUAUGCUCCUUUGAUCACUUCGUUCCUCGACCGGAUGCAAUAUGGCAAGGUUUCGUGGAUUCACGAUCUUGCCAUCGAUCGCUUCGAUCAUGCAAGUCAAGUCUUGCUCAAAGAAGCCGAGUCGGAAAAAAAUCUGGCCGAUCAAAAGAUCAUGUUGAGUCUGGGUAAACUAUGUCAAGUCGCUCAGAUUGAUGACGGUGAACACCUCGACUCAGAAAAAGUACUACAGGAUAUUGAACUUGUGGAUGACAGAUUAGAUAUUCUUCAGGCACAAUUGAAAUUGUCUGAUCUAUGUCAAUCAAUCUUGGAAUCACAGCCGCAGUACUCGUUGCUAUCCGUGGACCAACAGGUUGAUAUUCUGAGACAACAUCUUGCGCCGAAUUUGGUCGACCGUCCGGCAUUCGGACAAUUAUUCGAUAGAUAUGUUCGCCAAAUUAUUGCGGGCGAUGCUUUGAGGAUCGAAGACUUGAUCGAGUUUUACGGGCUGAAAGCUAAUCUUCAUGAGCAAGUCGAAGAUUUCGUGAUCGCGUUGGAUGUUUUCUCUCGAGCCAAGGAUCUCGUUCCCGGUCGAGCACAGCUAGCACUGAAGAGUGUAUGGAGAAGAAUUUACAUACAUGAAGAUUGGCAAGCCUUGAAAAAAUCAAGCAACUUAUCCGAUCAAGAUCUGAUCACUUGCCUGAAAAGCACUGCGCUAUACCACGUUCUUUCAAGUUCAAUCGAUCCAAAUGAUUCAGGAAAAGUCGGGCAGCCCAUCUCGUCGCCGAAUGAAUCGUUCUUUGAUCCCACGGUCAGCUUGAACGAUGACCUAGCGAUCAGAUUCCCCGAUCACUCUUUAUCCGAACUAGAACAGUUGAGCAAGGAUUACCAGUUCGAAAACCGCAAGUUACAAGAAGCAAUUGAGUCUGGUGGCGUGUGGGAAUACUAUGGCGAAAUCGUGCGCUUGAUUAGGGAAUCUGAUAGUCUUUCUGAUGGUGGCGUUGGUGAUGUAACCAUGAUGUCCGAGUAGAUAAUGAGAGAAAUGAAAGAAAAGAGGUUCAGGUAGUCUGAAUUGUUGUAAACUGUCGAUUGUCCUCAUCAUGCUAGUCCUCUGAUCCAAUGAAUUGAGCUUUUAAGUCACCAAUGUAGAUUCCCUGAAGGGUUAUGCUCCUCCUGAGGUCAGGCACCAGCUACACAGACGUUGUCCUUGAUUUCAUUUGUAUGUGCAUACUCCACCAAUCAAUCAUAAUGUGGGUCUUACUAAU